AUGUCCGAUAUCACGACAUCUACCUCGCUGAAACAUGACCUAAACGAGAGCCCUGACGGGCUCGACUUUUCAUCUCUGCCACCUAUCUUCGUCCUCUCGACACAUCUCGAGCUGGACGCUCUGCAUCAAAUCGAGGAUGACCUCGUGACGCGCGGCGGGCGCCUGACGUACGAUAUCUCCGAGGCACGGCUCGUCCUAGGGCGGAUCAGCCAGAAGAAGCGAGCAGCGCUGGAGCUGCGGUCGAGAGGCGUCUGGACCGAGGAGGUCUCUGGCUCUGGCUCUGUCUCUGCUCCUCUGCGGACGAGCCUUGAACCGCCUGUGAAGAGGCGGCGGGUUGACGUGGUUCAGCAGGGUAAACCGCGUGGGGCGCAGCUAGAGGAUAUUGACCUCGGUACUGAGACCGAGGAUGAGGAAGAUGGGAUGCGGAGCUUGCAUGAUACACGGGGCCAUCUGCGGCGGCCGCGAUCGGUAUCUCCCGAUACGGCGUCUGUGGCCUCGACGCCGUCACUGACGUCUUCGGUGGCUACUGCGUUGGAGGAUCACGAGCAGGCGGAUGUGGUGACGGUGGUCAAGCUGGACUGGUUAAGUGAAGUCCUGAGGACUGGCACGCUCGUGCCUCUUGACCCGUUCGUGGUUUACCGCGGCCGCAGGACUGCGCAGCCUGCGUCUGAAGCAAGCGCGGACCAGUCGAAAGGAAUCCUGGAGCGGGCGAAGCAAGAUGCCAUGACCAGGCCGGCGGCUGCACCUCCCACAAGCCGAUUCGCGUCCCGUCGCUCGCGCGAACCGCACGACGGCCCAUCCAGCCAGGGCCACCGGCCCAAGCUAUACCGGCAAACGACGUCCGAGCACGACGAAGCGGUCCCCUUACCUCCCCCGCCGGACUGGGUCAAGAGCCACGUCAUGUACGCCUGCAUGCGGUCCGCACCGCUCCACCCGCCCAACGAGGCGUUCAUCAACCAGCUGGUCAAAAUCCGCAAGACCCGCGAGCUCACGCUCGACGAGAUCGGCGUCCGCGCCUACAGCACCUCCAUCGCCGCGCUGGCCGCCUACCCAUACCAGAUUCGACGGCCCUCCGAGAUCCUCACCCUCCCCGGCUGCGACGCCAAGAUCGCCGCCCUCUUCGCCGAAUUCCAAGCCAGCGAGCACGGUACGCUCGCCGCCGCCGACGCCCUCGACACCGACCCCGUCCUCAAAACCCUCCACCUCUUCUGGAACAUCUGGGGCGUGGGCGCCAAAACCGCCCGCGACUUUUACUACAAGCGCCAGUGGCGCGACCUCGACGACAUCAUCGAGCACGGCUGGGACAGCCUGUCGCGCGUGCAGCAGAUCGGCCUGAAAUACUACGACGAGUUCCUGCAGGGCGUGCCCCGCCGGGAGACGGAGGCCAUCGCCGCCACCAUCACCCGGCACGCGAACCGCGUCCGCCCGCACGCGUCCUACGACGGCCGCGGCGUCGAGUGCAUCAUCGUCGGCGGCUACCGCCGCGGCAAGGAGCUCAGCGGCGACGUGGACCUCGUCCUCUCGCACCGCGACGAGUCCGUCACCAAGAACCUGGUUGUGGAUCUUGUGGCCAGUCUGGAAGCAGAGGGUUGGAUCACGCAUACCCUCGCCCUGCACAUGACUACCUCGAACCGCGAACAGCAGCCUCCACCUUUCCAGGGCGAUGAUGACUCGGGCAGACACUUCGACACUCUGGAUAAGGCACUUGUCGUCUGGCAGGAUCCGCAUUUCGAGGACGGCGAUGAUGAUGAUGAUGAUGCCGAGACGACAGCCGCGGGGGGUGGAGCAGACACCCCGGAAGAAGGCGCAAGACAGCGCAGAAAACGCAACCCCAAUGUCCACCGCCGGGUAGACAUCAUCAUCUCGCCGUGGCGGACGGUCGGGUGUGCCGUGCUGGGCUGGUCGGGCGAUACGACCUUCGAGCGGGAUCUGCGGCGGUACGCCAAGAAGGCGCACGGGUGGAAGUUCGACUCGAGCGGCGUGAGGGAGCGGACGAGCGGCGGGCAGGUGAUUGAUUUGGAGCGCGGCGGGGAGACCUGGGAGGAGAGGGAAAGGUUGGUGCUUGAGGGCUUGGGGGUGGGUUGGAGGCCUCCGCAGGAGAGAUGCACGCGAUAA